AUGUCUCCCGUUGUCAUCCAAAUUGGAUCCCGCAUUUUCAAGUUUGGACUCGCCGGCGAGUCCACGCCUUUCUCCGCAUGGGAGACCCGUCAAUUCGCCCAUAGACGAGAUAUAGACCUGCUUCCCAAUGAGUACUGUACAGAGGAAAGCAGAGCUAUCUCAAAGCUGGAGUACCUGUUCCACCCCAAUAUUCUGGAUUUCAAGCCCGGAAAUGACUUACGCUCGUUUGAAUACACAAUGAAUCUCCAUAUAUUCGAUAUUCUCCAUUACAUGUUCAAACGACACCGAAUCAACGCGGUCAAUGCCGACGUGAUCCUCGUGGCUAACAGCAUGCUCAGCCGACAAUAUAGAGACAUUCUGCGGUUCCAACUGUUAGAAAAAUUGCAUGCGAAAAGCACAGUUUUCCUAGAAGAGCCAUUGAUGGCCACGCUGGCCGCAGGGACGAGAUCGGCGCUGGUGGUAGACCUGGGCUGGCAUUUUGUGCUAAUCGAGCCUGUGUACGAUCUCCGGAUAUUAAAGACCCACUCCAAGUGGUCCAAAAGGGCAGCAAAAUGGUUGAGUCUGAACAAUGUUGCCGUGGACUUACUAUUGGACGCCAACGACGACAUUUACGAAAUUGACGAGAAAACACCAUCGCAGCUGCUGACCGAGCUGUACCACGAGCUCCCAAUCGACCUGCGCAAAACGCUCUACGAAAACAUCAUUUUUGAAGGCGGGCUGGCCCAAAACGAGCAGCUGAUUCAAACCAUUUUGCAGGAUUUGAAGGCCCAAAACAUCGAUGCCUCGUCGGCGGUCUCGUUGGGCGCAUGGGCAGGCGCCAGCAUAUACACAGACACUGUGCUCUCAAAGGACGGCAAUUGGAACUCGAUGGGCAGAAUAAAGCGAGAUAAUUAUUUUACACUUUGA